AUUUUUAUUUUUGACAUACCUGUGCUUUUGUGAGAGCAGCUAUCUCUCUCUCUCUCUCUCUCUCUCUCUCUCUCUCGGAGUGUUGGUGUUUGCGAGAACCUUCAAACAAUCCACUAACCUGCAUUCAAAUAUUUUGGUUGAGGGAUGGUAAAUUGAUGAACGAUCCAAAAUUCCAACAUCAUGAUUCCGAAGAAAGACCUCUGGGUUAAUCCAAUUUUCCCCCCAAAUGCUCUGGGUUGUCACUGGUAGGCAGUGGCAUUCCUACAUAUACUGUUUCUGGAGCGCAUGCAGAACCAGAUUAUAAUCUCAAGCAAUUGCUCAAUCUCUGAUUCUCGUUGAUGGGUGUGCUCGAAUUUAACGUUAGAAUGUCAUGCAAACGCAUCCGCACUUGUUCCAUAUCACAUCUAAAAUUACAGCUCUCUCAGGAUCGGGACGCAUCGCAUGUGCGCGGAAGCUGUUCGACGAAUUGCCGCACAAAGAUUCGGUUGCUUGGAACGCGAUGCUCACUGGCUACUCUCACCUGGGUCUCCACCAACAAGCUCUCUCUUUGUUCCACUAUAUGCGAAUCUCCAACGUGAAGCCCGAUCACUUCUCAUUCACCGCCACUUUGAGUGCUUCUGCGGGUGCGUGCAACCUUUCCUGCGGAAGGAAAAUUCAUGCACAGGUCAUUGUUUAUGGAUGCCAAUCGUCACUGGCAGUGAGCAAUUCGCUUAUUGACAUGUACAGCAAGUGUUUGAGCCCUUCUAGUGCGAGCAGAGUGUUUGAGGAGAUGAGCCUGCACAACGAAGUGUCGUGGUGUUCGCUCUUGUUUGCUUACACCAACUCUAGCCAGUUUCACAUUGCCCGGGAAGUGUUCAAUGCUAUGCCAAACAGGGUGGAUUUUGCUUGGAACACAAUGAUUACAAGUUUCGCUCGGUGCGGGGAAAUUGAUUUGUGUUUGGAUUUGUUCAAGGAGAUGCAACAAACUCCUUGCCGUCCGGAUCAGUGGACAUUCAGUGCUCUUAUGAACGCUUAUUGCGAAUCUUUGGACCCUUGUUAUGGAUGCACGAUGCAUGGAUAUAUUGUUAAGAGUGGUUGGAGUUCUGCAGCAGAGGUGAGCAACUCUAUUUUAAGCUUCUAUGCUAAACAAAGCUGUUACAAUGAUGCUAUUAAGCUGUUUGAGUCCACUGAAAGCCUUACCCAGGUCUCUUGGAAUGCCAUCAUUGAUGCCCAUAUGAAAAUGGGAGAUACCCACAAAGCCUUUGUUGCUUUUAAUGAUACCUUAGAGAAGAAUGUUGUUUCAUGGACAUCUAUGAUCACAGGGUAUGCAAGGAAUGGGCAAGGUGAACAAGCUCUUAGCUUCUUUGUUGGUAUGAUGAGAAAUAAUAUCCUACCAGAUGACUUCACAUUUGGAGCCGUUCUUCAUGCCUGUUCUAGCUUGGCACUACUGGGUCAUGGUAAAAUGGCUCAUGGUUGCAUUAUUUGUUAUGGUUUUCAUAACUAUGUCUAUGUUGGCAAUGGCUUAAUAAAUAUGUAUGCCAAGUGUGGCGAUAUAGUAGGGUCAAGCUAUGCUUUUAACGACAUUCUCGACAAGGAUUUGGUUUCAUGGAAUGCAAUGUUCUUUGCACUAGGGUUAAAUGGGCAGGCUGCCCAUGCUUUGAGGCUUUAUGAAGAAAUGAUUUCCUCUGGUGUAAAACCGGAUAAAAUGACAUUCAUUGGCCUUUUGAUGACUUGUAGCCACUCGGGGCUCAUUGAGAAAGGUCUAGAACUUUUCGAAUCAAUGCAAUCACUUAAUGGGUUCUCCCAUGAAAUGGAUCAUGUUUCAUGUCUGGUUGAUAUGCUUGGCCGAGGGGGGCACUUAAAAGAGGCUAGAGAUUUAGCCAAUAUCUUUACAAAAACAGGCGUGAAGACUAGCUCAUGUGAAACUCUACUUGGAGCCUGUUUUGCACAUGGGAAUGUAGAAAUAGGAACAUACUUGGGAGAAGAUUUGAAAAUUUUAGAGCCUCGCAAAGACAUAGGCUAUGUUCUUUUGUCAAACCUCUAUUGUGCUAGUGGACAGUGGAGGCACGCACAAAUUGUUAGGAAAGCAAUGGUGGACCAAAGGGUGAAGAAACAACCUGGUUAUAGUUGGAUUCAAAUGGGAAACAAGGUGAUGACUUUUGUAGCAGGGAACCAUGCACAGCUUUACAUGGUUGAGUUGGGUAAAAUGCUAUAUUGUCUUGAAUUUGAAAUGAGAAGCCCAAGCUUUAUUGGAUCUGGAAUUGAGGGCAUUUAAGUCUUUCUUUGGCGGAACCAAUCCUCCAAGCUUGUUCAUUUGACAUCGAAAUAAAAGAGGGGAGAACUGCGACAAUGAAUUUUGACAUCUUGAUCUUUAGAAGAGAACAAUUGCGCUUUGGGCAUCCCUGACUCCUAGAAGAUCUACACUUAUUCUUUUCAUUCACAAGGCCAUCCCAUAUACAAAAGCAACCAAAACGCUAACCGAUUCUUGAUGUUUGUAGUUGUGGAGAAAUGUGCAUGCUCACAUUAAAUUAUCUAUGUAAAAGGGACAAGGAAGGGGGAGUUGCACGAAUAGGAGGUGCUAAUAAGAGUUAUUUAGUUGCGCCGUAUGAUCAUACUCUAUAAUCAUAUGAUGCAGAACAACGUCAUGGAAUUACAACCAGCACAUAAUUUGGGAAAGAUAGAGGAGAGGAGGAGAAGAAAAAGGAAGAGAAGGAAGGAGAUACAAGGGGUGAAGCCACUGGUUCACAUCUUAGUUUAAAUUCUACAGUAACCUACUCCUACUAGGGAUGUUCAACGACACGCCCUAUCAGACCAAUAUGAACCAAACUGAUCAAAAAAAUUGAUCUCAAAUGGGUUAUGGGUCAAUUGAUGGUCUUCCAUUGUGCGUAAUUCAACUUGAGUUUAGUGUCUAACCCGCCUCUAAUUUGACAAAGGAAAAAAAAAUAAUAAUAAGGGCCUUCAACUACUCAAGACAUGAAAUAUGCAUAGAAUGGAUAGUGAGACUGCCAAAUUAGUAGGGGCCUUCAACUACUCAAGACAUGAAAGAAUGCGUAGGAUGGAUGGUGAGAUUGUCACAUUUCAAACUGUUUCAGUUUUUAUGUUUUCAAUUUUAUUUCUAUUGUAAUAAUGGACAUAUUUUGCAUUCUAUAAUUUUAUGUGAUUGAUAGUAUGUGUGUUAGAAAAUGGGCAUGAAAUUUCUUUUAUUA